AUGGACACAAGCAAGCAGACCCCUGAUGAGCCUCUCCUCAGAAGCAAAAGGAGGCAAGAUCUUCCAGAGAUGCUCAGAGAAGUGGGACUGGAAGUUGAGUACUGGUUGAUCAAGCUGAAGGAAGUCCUGGGUGUGACCUGUGCCCAGUCAUUAAGUUAUUUAAAAGAAAAAGACCUCCAGAAGCUGAAAUAUGAGGUAAAAUAUCCAUGGGAGAAAAGGGCCCUGGAGAAGCUGCUUGACCUGUCCCACUCAAAUAGUCUUGCAGAGUUACAGGAGUCACCAGUGGAGAGGAAAAAGGAGAAGCAGGCAGAACAAGCAGUGAAAGAGCUGAGGAACUUGCUGUCAGAAGGGAGACAGAGACAGGAAGAGGCAGUGAAGAGAAAGGAAGCAAAGCUGAGGCAAGCCAUGGAGAUCCCUGAAGAGAACAGGCUGAAGCCUCCAAAGCCCCUCAGGGAAGUCAUGGAAAUCAUAAAGAAAGAAUUCAGUCCCAUGGAGCAGACGCCAUCCCACAGGCCAAACCUCCCAGAUAGAGAUAUGGUAAGAUGGGCAUCUGGAGGGCUGGCCCUGCAGGGAAUAUACAAAACCUGCCACCACAUGGACCUGAUACAGAGGAGAGAGGAGCUACUCAGUGUCCCCAAGGAGUUCUCACUCCUUGGCCCUCAGCAGGGCACAUUGAUGAAAUCUGAAGAAUUUACAUCUUCUCAAGCAGAAGUCAUGUUCACCCAGUCUAUGGAGAAUUUAGGCUUCAGUUUAACUACUUCAGCCAAGGGUGGAGGUUGGGGAUUUAGUUUACAAACUGAACUGGAUAAAUGCAAACAUUCAGAAUCCAAGCAAACCCACCUAACAAAUUCUGAGUGCUCUUAUUUCUGCUCAACCAAGUUCAGAUACACUCCCAUGGCAUCCUGCCACUUCCCCAUUGAUCAGCUCCAGUUGUCCCAUGCUGCUCUUCAGGAAUUGAAAUGCCUUGAAGACCUUCUGGAUCAGACUACAGACUCUCAGGAAUCCCAGGUGCUGAAACAGUGGAGUGAAAGAUUUUUCCACAGGUUUGGCUCUCAUGCUAACCAAGGCCCUCUGCACCUGGGAGGAAUCUACUGGUGGAAGGCUGUCUCAGAGGGGUUCCAAAAUUAUCACCUAGUUGAUAUAAAGCAGCAGGCAAUAGAGGCCCUGGAUUUUUACAUAAGUGGUGGCUACCAAGGUUUUGGAAUGAAUGUUGCUGCAGGUAUGAAUGUGUCAGACUCACAUUCAAAAGCAGCUAUUCAGAACAAGACUUUUCAAAACCUCCAAACCAAAUUCCAAUUAUCUGUGUCCAAGACAGGUGGACCACCAGAAGCAGAUGACCUUGCUCAAUGGAAAGCUGGCCUUGUUGCCAGCAAUCAAACCUGGUGUGUCAUUGACAGGGGAUUCCAGCUGGUGCCUAUUUGGGACAUCAUUCUCUUCAGCCACAGAAGUGAUUUUAAGGAUCCAUGUAAGGUAGCUAAGUGUCUGAAAGACAACUACACUACUCUGACUGGCCUUGUUUCCCAGAUCCAAGAGGCAGAGGAGAUACUGAGUGUUAGGCAAGAGGUUAGAGUUUUCCUAGAUACUGCAAAGUCCUGGGAAGUCUCUGAUCCUGAAGAACAGCUUCAAAAGUUGAUAAAUUUUAAGCAAACACUGAGUCAAAAAACAGAAGGAAAUGACACUUGGAUUAACCUAUGCCUCACAGAUAAGGAUCUGCAGACUUUUCUAGUCAAUACCGUCAAUUUUUGCAAAAUGUCUACCAAUUGUAAAACAAAUUAUAUUAAAAUUCAGUUGUGCAGCCUUCUAGAUCCUCACAUCUACAAAGUGGAAAAUUUUCCCCAGAAUCACUCCAUUAUGCACUGGAUCAAACAGUCAGAUUCAGAGCAAGAGCAAGUCCACAUCUGCCAAUUUUCUGAAUUCAUUAAAAACUUAACAAAAACACACAAAGAAUUAUUGGAAGUGAAUGUCCAAGAAAAAGUAGAAGAAGCUCAAAGAAAGGCCACAUAUGAGGUCUGCUUGGCUCUCAACAGCUUCUUGAGCCACUUGCAAGCAACAGAGCAGCCAGAUACACAGCUCUUGCUACUUUCCAUUGCAGCUGGUGCAGGAUAUCAGGUGGGAAGCAAUAUUUUUAAGCCUCUCCUGGGGCCUGGUGAGUUAAACUUCCUACUGGAUGAAAUACAAACUGCCUUUAAUGAAUACCAGCAGCUCAAAAGUAUUUCCAGCUAUAGGGCCCAUGCAUUCCUGUUGCUCACAGGUCUGACAGCCACAGCUGAAUUAAGAGCUCUAUCUAUAGAAGAGAAGACAAAACGCAUGGAAUUUAUAAUAAAACACAUGGGACAAUUAUUUUCUAAAGAAGUUGUACAUGUCCUCACUAAAUUUGAAGAAGAUCAUGAUUGGGAAAACAUAGAAAGAAACUUGAGAUUACUCAUUGAUGGAGAUUAUGAAGCCACUAUCUCUUCUUUGAAAAGGGAUGACGUUGAAAGAGAGCUACUAAAUCUUUUCCAUGAAAAGAAACGGCCCUGUGAACCAGAUAUUAAUGAAAAUAACACAAAUGAAGUAAUAGAAAAUGAAGCCUUCCUAGACUUACUCCAGCGUCUAGGCCUACAACAUUACUACCCUAAAAAAAUGAGUAAAGCUAAAUUUCAUCUGAUCUACAAGACUUCUCUUUACAACACCCAGCCCAAUUCUGAAAAGGAACUUCCCUUUUAUUUCCUUCAGAAGCUAAUGUUGCUGGAUUAUGGACUGAGAUACCUUGUCUUUAAAGACUAUGGAAAUAUAGAAUCUAAGGUUUCUCCAAGUGCCUCCAAUCAGGAAUAUGAGGGUUUUGAUCCAUAUGAAGACUUUGUUGAAGACAGUGAUACUCUCACUGAUCCUUUGACUACUGAGUCAAGGCCCCACAUUCACCCCAUGGAUAUCCAGAUGACCAUUUUUCACUGUGCAGAUGAUUUUGCCAGACAAUAUAUUUUGACCAAACUUUCUACUUGUCAAUUUGCCCUGCCUCUCCUGGUGCCAAAUCCUUGCACUUCUCAAAUCGAAUUCUCUCUCUGGUCUCUUAGAAAAGUUAGGAGAAGUUGGCAGCAAGAAAAGAAAUCACCACAUGGAAAGAACAGUCAUAAGUGUCAGCAGAUGUGUUGUGUCUCCACCCCCAUUGUGUCCUUCAUUAGAGUGGGCAAUGGCCUGUCUGCUUCCAAAUCUCAGAUCAUGAACUGUCUUCUCAGUGAACGUAAACAUAAUGUCUUUUUCCACCGACACUGCAGAGAAAGCAGCAAGGACUGCCUCUUGAUGGGAGGUGUGGUAGAAAUCUGCUGGUUUUGGCCUGGAGGGGAAGUGGAGGACAGGUUUGACAACUGUGUGACCUUCAUGAAUCUUCAUGGAGAUGCAAAGGAACAUAAAAGGCAGCUCACUUUCCUGCAGGAGGUCUCUUCUCUCAUUGUGGUCCUCAUGUCAGCUUCUGAUGACAACAAACAAAACCAAAAAAUUGUCCGUGACCUAUGUCAGUCAUCAAGAUCAUUGAUCUGCUUGCUAGAUGACAAAGAAAAAUCCAAACCCAGUAGUUCUGGUAGAAGAGUGAAAAUUGGCCUGAGGAAUAGAAAUGAGGCAGAAUUGACAGAGGAGCUCACAACUACCAUCAGACGUUUGCUAGAGCUCUCUGACACAGCUCUCAGCCUAGAGGACUGUUCUCAAAUUGCUCGCCAGCAAGGAUUUCUUAUUGAUGAAGACCAGAGAGAUUGUAAGGAGGGCAAAGAAAAGGCACAGAUUAUAAUGGCUCUUUUAAGAGGAACAGAGUUAUCUAAGGUGAAGGAAACCUUCCUACCGCUUCAGGGACAACUGUGGCAACUUUGGUGUAGGAAGGACAAAGAACUUUAUCAUCUGAGAGAGAAGGGAAAUCGAAGCAUUGAACAACACAAGAGUGAGCUUGAGUCAGAUAAACAAAUAAUUCGGCAAAAACAGGUGCAAAGAGCUUUUCCUCUCAAUGAUGUAAUGUUCUCUGUGCUUCAAAUUCUCUACCGCUAUUCAGAAACUCACACCACACUCUACUUCUUGCAAUGGAUGAGUGUGUUUUUAGAUAGGUUGACUGAAGAGCAUUUGGAGAACCUACAUGAAAAACUAAUUCAUUUGUGGUCAAUUGUGAAAACAGAGAAGCAAAGCUCCCAAAGCAGCCACUCUUUGGAGCUCUGCCAAAAGAAGAUUAGUGAUUAUACCUUAGGAAUUGAGCAGUUUCUCAGAGAGGUUGGCCAGAUCUAUGAAGCUCUGGAAGAAACUUCCUCCACAAAUGAUAUAGUUUUUCUCUUCCUUCCCCAAAUUGCUGCAGACCUGAUGAUAGCUGGUGUCCCCAUAGAGCUGAUGGAUGGAGAUGCUUCCUAUGUGCCCUUAAAAUGGAUGGCAGCUGUUUUUGACAAGCUCUCUGAGAAACUUGGAGACAAACGUCUCUUUGUCCUCUCUGUGCUUGGCCUGCAGAGCUCUGGGAAGUCUACCCUACUGAAUGCUCUUUUUGGGCUGCAGUUCAGUGUAAGUGCAGGCAGGUGUACUAAGGGGGCCUACAUGCAGCUCCUAAAGGUAGACAAGACAUCCACAGAGGAACUUGGCUUUGACUUUGUGCUAGUUGUAGACACAGAAGGACUUCGGGCCCCAGAACUCAGCAACAAAUCCCAGAACUGGGACAACGAGUUAGCCACCUUUGUCAUUGGGCUUGCAAACUUGACUCUGAUCAAUAUAUUUGGGGAGAAUCCAUCAGAAAUGCAGGAUAUCCUACAGAUAGUAGUCCAAGCCUUUCUGAGGAUGAAACAAGUGAAAAUUUCCCCCAGGUGCAUAUUCAUCCAUCAGAAUGUAGGAGAAGUUACAGCUAAAGACCAAACUACAGAAGGACGAAGGCGGUUAGAGCAGAGGCUAGAUGAAAUGGCAGUACUGGCUGCUAAACAAGAAGAGUGCUCAGAUGUCACUCACUUCAGUGAUGUCAUCAAGUUUGAUGUCAAUACUCACGUGUACUACUUUGCUCACCUCUGGGAUGGCAAUCCCCCCAUGGCCCCUCCCAAUCCUCGCUAUAGCCACAAUGUCCAGGAACUGAAAAGUACAAUUCUUUUAACUGCCAAACAGGAAUCCAGGGGAAGCAUCAUGAAGAUAUCAGAUGUGAAAUUCAGAGUUCAAGAUUUGUGGAGAGCCCUGGUAAGUGAGAACUUCAUUUUCAGUUUCAGAAACACCCGAGAGGUCAUGGCCAUGAGCAAACUGGAAACCAUGUAUAACCACUGGACCUGGGAGCUCAGGAGCCAUAUGUUGGACUUGCAGAACCAGCUUCACAAUCAGAUUCAAAAUAGAAAAAUUCAGACACUCACAUCAAGCAUAAUUGAGUGUCCAGUUACAGAGAAAUAUGAAACCAUCAAGCAAGUACUUGAAAAAUAUUUUACUGAAGACCCAGAGAGAGAGAUACUUGUCCAAUGGAAAGCCUAUUUUGAAAAUAAGCUACUAAUCCUUAAAGAGUCACUUAUUUCAGACACCAAGAGAAAAGCCCAUGAACUUAUUCAUCUCAAACAAAAUCAAGAACAACUAGAACAGAAAAAGACUGUAUAUGAAAAUGAAUUAUUGAAGAAGAGCCAAAACUUGGCUUUAAGAGUAAAAGGUAAAAAGUUGAGUGAUGAAGAGUUAUAUGAGAAAUUCAGUCAACUUUGGGGAAAAUGGGUUUGUGAAGUGUCCUCAAAUCUCCCUCAAGCCACAGAGCCUAAAAUUGAUGUGGAUGCUGAACACAUCCUUUUGGAACAUUUCAGAAAAGAGAAAAACAUAGUAGAAAAACUAAAAAGAAAUACUGGAAAGAAUUUUCAGCUAGAUUUUGGAAAACAUGUCAAGAUGUGUAAGGAAUAUGUAUUUUUCACAAAGAGUUUAGAGGCCUGUGAUAAAGUGUUCAUUGAUAUGACUACUGAUCGUAUUUUUUCAAGAUUUGAUGAAUGUAUUGAUAGUAUUAUGAAUCAACAACAUGAUUAUGAUCAAAAUGACUUCCAUCAAAUCCUGAGAAUAAUAGAAGAGGAAGUGAAAUCUGAACACACCAAGAAUAGAUAUAUAUUUACGAGCGAAUACAAAAUUGAAUUAUCUUCAUAUUUAUUUAAAAAAGCAACAGACUAUUUUAAGGAAAUGCAUAGAGCAUUUAGAAGAGCAAAUGAUCCUGUAAAAUAUCUAGAACAGAAGAAAGAUGAUUUUUUCAUGAGUUUCAAGAUCUCCUGCCAAGGUGCAACCUCCAUCACAUGUUUUGUUGAUUUUCUGUGGCAAAAGCUCACUCCUGCUGUCUCUGCUACCAUCCAGGGGAAAAUGGUCCCUAGAAUAGCUGGGGAGAUAAGAGCCUCCUGCCCUGCAUUCAAUGGAAACAGAUCUAACCUGGAGAAACACAUUCUCAUCUCUCUAGCAGAAGAAGAAAAUUUUGAAAAUUAUUGGCAAUACAUUUACAAUCCAAAAUCAUUUUGUAGGAGUUACAUUGAGAACUAUACCAAAAAGUACUGUUCAGACAACAGAGAUAAAAAAAUAAAGACUUUAUUCAAAACAAGUCUUGAUGACAUCAAGAAUACUAUCCUCUCUGCCAUUCAUGAAUCCACAGCAGUAGCUAAAGACAGAAGCAGCACUGCAUCUGGGUGGCUAGAUUUGUUCUGUGAUCACUUGGGGAACAACUUGAUUUUCCCACGAAGAGACUUGGUAAACAUUGAACACCAAGAGAUAAAAGAUAUGGAUUUUCUCAAAGAAGCCAUGAGUGCAGGUUUGGAUCCUGCAAUGAAGAAGGUGGAACAGAACUUGUCAAGUAUGCCUAUAGAAGAAAUGGUUCCUGAAAUUGAGAAAAUCCUCUCUGAACAUCUCUGUGGAUGUUGGAAACAGUGUCCCUUCUGUAAAGCAAUUUGUACAAACACAAUUCCUGAACAUGAUGGAGACCACAGUGUUCCAUUUCAUCGUCCUCGGGCUGUCUGUGGAGGCAAGUGGUAUAGAACAGACCACUUUGACAUUGAUUGUUGUACUAGUUUAGUAGCAAGUUAUGAUUUGCUUGUUUUGAGAGAUGAUAGGCAAAUCCCAUUUAAGAACUAUCGGGAGGCAGGAGGGGAUUAUGCCACUUGGAGCAUCACCCCAGAUUCAUCCACCCAGCCAUACUGGAAAUGGUUUAUCUCUCACUUCAGAACAAAAUUGGAAGAAAAAUAUCAGCUAAAAUUUAUAGAUAAAGGUCAAAUCCCCUAUGAAUGGAGCAAAAUCACUAAGCAGGAAGUGCUUAAUGACUUGAAAAAAUAAUCUUCAAUGACCACAUAAAUAUCUUAGCAUCUGUACAAAGUCACAGUACCAAGCAACCUCAAAACAUAUCCUCCUUACAACUAGAGCUUUACAUAUUCCACUUUGGAAAUGAAAUGUUUACAAAGCGAUUAAAUAUCAAUUCAAGAAUUUAAGAGUUCCUGGAAAAGUACUUGAUAUCUCUCUGCCUCAAUUCCAUUUGGAUUAGAAAGAAAUUACUAAAAUAGGAGCUUAUGACAAAAUCCAAAUAUCUAGUUCCUACUUUGAAAUAUUGCUCUACAUUUUUUAAAAUAUGUAAUACCCUCAGAAAAAAUCAUCUUCA